ACCUUAGAGAAACAACUUCUUUUUUUGGCCCAAUACCAUCAUGGCUGACCAAACCAAAACCACCAUCUUCAUAAUCUUCCCUUCAAGCCAGCUCUUCAUCAUAUACCCAAACUAACAUGAACAACACCGCAGUCGGCCCCGUCCCCGACUCCGGCGGCUUUUUAGGCUCGGGACACAUCGGCGGUUUCGGCUACGGGAUCGGAGUCUCCGUCGGAAUUCUCUUGCUCAUCACAACCAUCACCUUAACGUCAUAUUUCUGCACCAAAAACCACGCCGCCGAGGCCACGACGAGGCGGGGGCCGAGGAACAAUGCGGCGGCGGCCGCCCGGCAAGAUCCUCAGAACUGCGUGGUGGAGAUUGGGUUGGACGAGGCAACGUUGUUGAGCUAUCCGAAGAUGUUGUUCUCCGACGCCAAACUCAACCACAAGGACUCCACGGCCACCUGCUGUUCCAUCUGCCUUGCUGACUAUAAAACUUCGGAUAUGCUAAGGUUGUUGCCGGAUUGCGACCAUCUUUUUCACCUGAAAUGCGUUGACCCUUGGCUCCGGCUCCACCCCACUUGCCCCGUCUGCCGGACUUCGCCGUUGCCGACGCCGCAGUCAACGCCGUUGGCCGAGGUUGUCCCCCUGGCUAGUAGACCUGGUGGCUAAGUCACUCUGAUUUACCCUUUCAUUAUUGGAUCAUCUUUUUCUCCAGAAUUUCUGUGUCCAUAGUUUUUUUUGUUUGUUUUUUUUUUUUGGAUCAAAUUAAUGAUAGAAUGCAUCGUAUUGAAAUUAAAGAAAAUUUUCGAUUUA